GAACACAUCACAGCGCGAAACCGACGACAUCGCUAGGAUAAAUUUCUAAUAGCAUUUCCAACGAGAGAAUAACAGGCCUCAUAACAAGAAUGGGCUGUGGUGAAUCGACAUUAAAGUUUUCAUUAUUCGUUUUAAAUAUUUUGUGCUUUAUAUUCGGGGUAUUGACAUUAUCAGCAUGUAUCUAUGCUCUCAUUGAGUUUGAAUUUUGCGAAGCUGUGAAAAUCCCAUGCAUUUUGGGAUGUAUUUUAAGUUCCAUACUAUUCCUUAACAGUAUUUUAGGUUGUUGCGGCGCUUACCACAGUGCUGUACAUCUUACAUGGAUCUACUCGAUAAUUAUGCUACUGCUUAUGGGAGCUCAAAUAGCUGUGAUAUUCUUGCAGCCAGUCGACUUCCAUAAAGUGGCCACAGAAUUUGUUGACAAGGUUUGGAAUGACACUGACAUAUCAAAUGAGUAUUUGAUGUCUUCAUAUGAGAUUAAGUAUGAAUGCUGUGGACGAUUUGGCCCAAAUGAUUAUAAAAUGAUGAAUGAAACAAUACCCACCAGCUGCUAUAUCUACCACAACAAUACCAUUGCAACGAACCUUUUCGAGGAUGGAUGCAUCGACAAAAUGACUGAAAUGUAUUCCACAAAUCAACGAGUGGAGGACAUAAGUGAUUGGACUCUAGUGGGCCUCGAGGGUUUAUGCGCUGUAAUUGGUUGCAUGAUGGCGAUUACCAUGAAAAAUGUACAAAGGCGGAAAUAUUACCAUUAGAACUGAAGGUGCUGACGCAAAUGUGAAAAAACGUCCGAAUAGCUAUGCGUAAACAAGUCACAUACUUUUAAGUACCUCAACGGAAUCACUGAGGUUCCCGGUGCCAUAUAUAAAUAGAGAAC